UGGCCCGGGGAGGAGUGAGGUCUCCCUGGGGGCAGGAGGUGAUUCAGGAUCCCAGUGUGAUUAGGGAGGGAGGUGACAGGAAUCAGGCUGGGCUGAAGGAAUGGGCAGCAGGUUCUUGGUGAGGGGCUGAUUGGUGGAGGGUAGGAUACGGUUGGCUCGGGCCCGAGGACAGUCCAGGGUGCUGCUGACAGUGGCCGAGUUGAGCUGAGGCUGGGCUGGGCACGGCUCUUGCCACUGGAUAAAGCAGCACCGAGGUUGGCAAAGCUGACGAUGAAAGCGUUGAUUUUGGUGGGAGGCUACGGCACGCGGUUACGACCGCUGACACUCAGCGUUCCGAAACCACUGGUGGACUUCUGCAAUAAGCCCAUUCUUCUGCACCAAGUGGAAGCUUUAGUAAAGGCUGGUGUAUCCCAUGUGAUCCUCGCUGUCAGCUACAUGUCAGAGAUGUUGGAGAAGGAGAUGAAGGAGCAGGAGCAGCGGCUGGGUAUCCGGAUUUCUCUCUCUCAUGAAAAGGAGCCCUUGGGAACAGCUGGACCCCUCGCUCUGGCCCGGGAACUGAUCACCAGCAGUUUGGAACCCUUCUUUGUCCUCAACAGUGACGUUAUCUGUGAGUUCCCCUUUGAAGAGAUGGUCCGCUUUCACAAGCAUCAUGGAAAGGAGGGUACUAUAGUGGUCACUCGGGUGGAGGAGCCAUCCAAGUAUGGGGUUGUGAUCUAUGAAGCAGAAAUUGGGCGAAUACAUCGAUUUGUGGAAAAGCCUCAAGUGUUUGUGUCAAACAAGAUCAAUGCGGGAAUGUAUAUUUUCAGCCCCACAGUUCUGAACAGAAUCCAGCUCAGGCCAACCUCCAUCGAGAAAGAGAUCUUCCCAGUCAUGGCUCAGGAAGGACAACUGUAUGCCAUGGAGCUGCAAGGGUUCUGGAUGGAUAUCGGGCAGCCCAAGGACUUCCUAACUGGAAUGUGCAUGUAUCUACAUUCCCUUCGGCACAAAGCACCAGACCGGCUACACCAAGGACCUGGCAUCGUUGGAAACGUGCUGGUGGAUCCCAGUGCACAGAUUGGAGAGAACUGUUCCAUUGGUCCAAAUGUGACAAUUGGCCCUGAAGUGGUGAUUGAGGAUGGAGUGCGUAUAAAACGCUGUACAAUCCUAAAGGGCUCCAGGAUUCGUUCACACUCUUGGCUGGAGUCCUGCAUUAUUGGCUGGAGCUCAGAUGUCGGGCAGUGGGUGCGGAUGGAAAAUAUUGCAGUCCUGGGAGAGGAUGUGAUCGUGAAAGAUGAGCUGUAUCUGAAUGGAGCCAAUGUCUUACCUCAUAAAUCCAUUGCUGAUUCGGUGCCUGAACCCAAGAUAAUCAUGUAGGUCACAGCAACUGACCUUGGCAAGGGACAUGAGUCCGGAGUCCAAGCUAAAAGACGGAGUUAUGCCAACCACCAGUGGAUAGAACAGGGCUGCUGACGAAGUCAACAAGGGUCCAGAUACUUCAUUAAUUUCCCCUGACAGCAGAACUUGCACUGUGACAAGUUACUUGUAGCUCUUGUCUUUCAUUGGUUUGUCUGAGGGAAGAACAUCUUGAAAUGGCUGCAGUUUGAUUCCCACAAGUAUUUGCUGAUUGUAAUUAUGGUUUUGAUGGUGAUUCCAAGGGGAGUGGGUCUUCUGGUGUAGUAUUGGAUUCAGCACCUAGGCACAUCUUACGCCAGUUGGAAGAUGGCUUUGAAAAAAUUUCUUGGAACAGCUGCGCCUCACAGUACUUAAGUUUGAUGUACUGUCUUUUCAGAAAUUAGGUCAAUUUCACAGACAGUAUCAAGCCCCUCAUUUACCAAAGGCAUAUGGUCAGUGUUGUAAGUGAUAUCUGGAAUUCUUCCUUUGGUCUGAUAUGGUGUCUUCAAAAUAAUUUUUGUAAACAUUCUUUCUGCCUUGAAGUUGGCAGUUUGCUUGGUUUAUGGAAUUAUGAAGCCAAGCUGAUGAAACCUCACACCCAGUUACCAAUUUGCUUUCACUGUACUGAUGUUGGGCUCAAGGCUAUUUUAGGUUUAGUGGAUUGUUUCUGAGAAUAAAUGUCAGGGGUUUGACAGUGUCUCCUGGAAGUUGAGAUUGCUGCCUCUUUACUCCCCUGUAUUAUCCUUUCUUGGGCCAGUGAAGGCUGGCAUGUUUUAAAAUGUAAACAGUUAGCCAGUCAGUGACCAAUGAUAAUUGUGGGUUUCUUCAAAUCAAUUCCUCAGACUUUCCAACUUUUUAUUUAAAUCAACAAAAAUGCUGGUUUUCUAUAAACUCAAUGUUUAUUUGGAUUAGAGCACUGCUUUGAUGAAAAGGACUUUGAUUAAAAUUCAUUUUGUGGACUAGGUGUGGAAUUGGCUGCUGAAAGUGCCUCAACUGCAAGCGAGUAAAGCCUUCUGUUGUAUUUUAACUUCAGAAAUUCACCUAAACUAAACCAUUUCCAAUGGUGCUCAACUUGUUUACAAAGUGUUGGGCCUGUACUAGCUGAGCAGGCGUUUGCAACUUUCAUGCAGCAGUGAAUUAUAGACCUCCCCCAGUUGUUUUCUAAAGUUAGUUAAUGGAGAUAGGAAAAACACUCAUCACUGCGAAUGUCAUUCAAUGGUGGUUCAGUUACAUUAAGUGCUGGUGGCUGAAUGGAGUAUAAAUGGGAAUUGCUGAACGCUUGAGGGUUGUUGCCAAAAGCAAUGUUACUGAUUCUUGGCUGCACUGAUUUUGUAAAAAUCUAUUUACCUUGCAGGUUUUGAAUGAAAAGAGAAAGAAUUCUAAGUCUGAUUGUUGCAUUUGUCCCAUUUGGGUAACUUUCCAAAUAACUGGUUUAAUAUUUUAGAUUAGAAAAUUUCAAAGUGUAAGCAAGAUUUAAGACCAGAGUGUUAGAAAGCAAUGCUGAGAAUUUGAUUCAGUAGGAGUGUUAACUUGUUAAGCUAAAGGCUGAGGGUUUGAGGCUUAUUCCAGGACAUGCUGGAUUGUCUACUGUGAUUAACUAGCUGCUCCAAUGAGGAAGAGAUGGGACUUGUUCUAAAGUAUUGCUUGAUGUACAAACAGUAUAGUAGGCUUACAGACAGAUGCAUAAAUCAUUUUAAUGCUCAGCUCUGCACUUACAACUCCUUCAAGAAUUCAUCACAAGCAGCAGCUUCAUUCACUCCACAUCUCCAACAAAAGGGAUUCCCAGUACAAGUACAAAAAGCAGGAAUCAUUGGAUUCUCACACUGCACACAGUUUUAGUGAGGUGGAGCUAGUCUCAUCACUGUAGACCUUUCCUCACUGUAAUACAAAUAACAUCAAUAGAACUGGGUUCUAAUAUCCUACCCACUGUGUAUAAUCACACUCAAAACAACUGGUUGUGGAUGAUUCUUCUGUAAAAAUGAACGAAACGCUGAACCAUUAAGGAAGGGUUUUUGGGUAGGUUUGAAAAGUUCACAAUGUGUUAACACCAUAUGUGUUUAUACUGGAACCACACACUUGUCACAACAUUCAACCUCUUCCUAAAACCUGCAAAUUAUUUGAAAGUGUUUAUGUAAUGAUAAUGUAGACAAUACUGCAUGCACGACUACAGUUAACCCCCUGGUUCUGCUGGAUUUUAAUAGGUAACAAGUCAGCUGUUCAACUAACCACACUCCUCUACUCCGUUUAGUCCCAAUAGAACUAUAGUUCCCAACUUGUGACAGAGCAAGAGGACCAUCAACAAAGUAUCUUUAAGACACUUGCAGUGUGAAGCUGCAUCACAGACUGGCCUGCGAUAUUUGAGCCAUUGUGAUGAAAGGUACACAUUGGUCUGAGUCCGUAGCCAGGUUGGUGCUGGUAAAGUGCAUGUUCUGGGCUGACCAAAUGCUGGUGACUUUGGGAGAGUAUUUGCUGCCAGUCCAUUAUAUGAAUGGGGGUCGUCUCUUGUUGGGAUUGAUUAGUGAAGUGGGAGAGAGCAUUAUAAUUGAGAGUCAGCAGUUACUCUUCAUUGUCACAUUGUCUGUUUGUACCUCUGGUUGGUUGCAAAAACAGGAGAAAUUGGCCUCAGUUAAAGAUGCACAACUUUCGUGGGGAGUUACAGUGUCUCUUUAUUGUCUGAGCGCUCAAUGUGGUCAAGUUUCUCACCCAAGUGUGCUUAUUUUCUCUCAUAAAUUGUUCAUUUUUAUGUUCAGAAGUUACCAGUUUAAGUAAACCAAAUCUUAGUCACUCACACAUAUUUCACAACACUACAGUGCAGAACAGUUGGAGUCUCAAAGAAUUAUAUUAAAAAAAACUGAACAAGAAGCCUUCACUACUUUCUGAUGUUUUUGGCAUAAGAUGUCCAUGACCUUAAUCCCAUUGCAGACACAGAAUCCUUAGACAGAGAAAGCAACUCCUAGUGCCAUCCGAUUGAUGGCAAACCUCACUAUGAUGUUAGCAAUAUGUCUGUUAUACUGCACACUGUAAACAAAUAUCAAAAUGUGACCAAAUGCAAUCAUUAUCUUAGUUGACCAGAUUUUGAAAGUAAAGGGGCCCUGAUUCAAAUAAUUCAACAGCAAUUCCAGUUCGAGAGGUAAACAUUUCUGUAAAUUAAUAGAUGAGAACAUGGCAAAGGAUGGAAGGUGAGGAGAUUUGGUCAGAAUUGUGUACAGGAAUUGCAGAGGCCUCCUGGGGGUUGGCUGUUUGAGUGCUGUGACUGAGAUACAGGUGAGAAGUGGUAAAAUGACAGGUAAGGUUUGUUAACACUAACACUCCAGUGAGUUGUGCAGUGUCGGUGCUAAUUACCUGAGCCAGAGGUCUUUGAUGUCAAGCAUGCUAAACUUAAAGGGCAAACUUCAGCCCCGUGCCGACUGGUGAAAACCAGUCCUGACAAAAGUAAUGGGAUGGGCAAGAAUUGGAGAGCAACAUUUCCUACGUAGGAUCCUCAACAACUCAGGAUGAUUUGCAGAAUCUUUUGAGUUUGAAGGAAAUACUCCCAUAGUUUUCUGACUGGCUGGUUUAAGAAUGUAAGAACACAAGGAUAAAACAAAAUCUAACACAAAGCAGGAAAUCAAACAAUUCAGCUAAUUAACAUAACUCUGAAUUCUCUUGGUGCUUAAAAGUUCCCAACAAAAACCUUAACGGCAAGUGAAAGGGAACCAGGGAGUUCUCAAGAACUUGAAAUAAUUUGUAGACAAGAAGGACAUUCCCUCAUAGGUUAGGAGACAACUAACUGCUUUAUUUCCAAAGCCCAAUCAGUCUCUUUCGCUGAUACUGAACUACAGUAGGGCACAUAAAUAUUUGUUUCUUCUUCCAUUGCUUUAUUCAUGAGCUGAUUCGGGGAUAGGCGUUAGGACCCAGGGUGGCAGUCAUAGCUAAGACACGUUUGUGUCAGUGUUUGAUGGGAUAGAGCGAAAUCCAAUCUGUUAAUUGCCCUUCAGAACACGUUAGUCUCAGUCACAAGCGAUCAAUAUUUGAAACACAAUAGCAGUCUAACAAGCAUAUCACCCACUUAGUGAAUCACCAAGGGUCAUUCCCUCUUGUAAACAUCGGAUAUUGAUCAUUCUGAUCCCUGCAUUACGCAGUCCCCGACGCCCUGAAGCAGCAUCCUUUCUCCUUAGUGUUGGAAAACAGGGUCAGUAACAACUAAGAGGAGGAGGAUGGUUUUGUAUAAUCAUCCACUGCAGUGAUCGUGGCCUUGCAGAAGAAACAAUCUUUGUUGUUCAUCAGAUGCUGGUUGAUGCAGGCCCUGGAAGGACAACAGCAAUAACUUCUGAUUAAUCCUGAUUUACUGUCUCAAAGACUAAUCCCAGUUGCUUCAUGUGUGCCCAGUCCUUCUCACUAUUAUAACACCUGUGCAGGAGAAGCAAAGCUUCAGGAAAGCUGGUCUCUGUUUCCAAAUACCAUGAAAUAUUUCACAGGCAAGUGCAACCUUGCUUACAAAUAAAUUAACAGCAUGAAUAGAGGUUAGUGGGUGUGACCUCAUAGCCAUUAUGGAGAAAUGGUUACAGGACGACCAAAGUUGGAUCUAAAUAUUCAGGGGAUAGUGACUUUUUGAAAGGACAUGAAGAAAUGGGUGGAAGGGUACUUUUAUUGGUCAAAAAUGGAAUAAGUCUCUUUCUGCACUGUAAGGAUUCAAUGAUUAGGCUGAUUAACAAAAGAGCUCAUGGUAUUGAUGGUAGUACAUUAGUAUGAGUAGAAGAUUGGAUAACAAGUAGAAAACAGGAUGGGGAUGGGGGACGUAUUUUCAAGUUGGCAAACCGUAACUAUUGGAAUGCCACAAGGAUUCACAAUUAUUUGCUGGGACCACAAUUAUUUAUCAGAGAAAUUUGGAUGGUUAAAGAUAAGGGAUCAGCCAUGUUCUUCCUAAUUUCCUUUAAAAUAUUGGAAUGACAGAUAUCAAAAAUACAACAAAGUGUAGCCAGCUCAGAUUCUAAAGGCAAUUUGCUGUUUGACAGCUUUAUUAAUUCUUUGAAGUUGUAACCUAACGUUCAUCAGAAUGAUCUUGAGACUAAAAAUUACACAGUCAGAUUCAUACUGCCUUGAGUAUAGAAGGACGAUUAAGAUGUGGUCUAAUUAAGUUAGUUUAGAUGAUUAAAGGACUUAAUAAGGUAGAUACAGAAACAAUUUCUUCGAUGGGGUAAUCUGGAAUAAGGUGAUAUAACUUUAAAACUAGGGCUAGACUAUGCAGGGGAAGCAGUUUUUAACUGAGCUCUGCAAAACUGGAACUCAACCCCAAUGUUUUUGAGGCCAGAAGUCCAUUAAAA